AUGUCAGCUAUACGCCGCAAACCCGUGGGAGACCCGCUCACGACGACGCGACGACACUCGCGGGUCAAGUCGGGAAUCUCCAGGGUAACCGAAAAGUCACUGUUCGACCAGGUGCUCAAGGUGUGUGUCUUGUCAUACCGAUGCGAACCGCGAUUCCGAGGGGGAGGCAAACGGCAGUCGCGUGACUUGGCGUCUCUGGGGGUGUCGGAUCCCACUCCGUCGUUCGGCGACCAAAAGUUGCCCAAGGAGGCCCCCAAGCUGCUGCAGCAGAAGCUUAACAAGCUGGCUCUUAACCAGGGUUCUAGCGACAUCACUGACCCGCUGGUUCGGCGGUGUUUCCUCGCAUUUUACGCUCUACUUUUGGAUCCAGACUUUUCCCGUCGAAUCAAAGAAAACAGACGGGCUGAAGACGUGGUCAUGUUCUUCAUUUCCUCGUCCACGAAGGAGUUGGCCAAAAGCGGCUCACAGCCAGCAGAAACUAAACGACUGGUCAAUUACUUCACCGCCACCUUUGUCAAAUUUCUGAUUGCCACCCUGCGAGAAGCAGGAUUCGAAUCGUCCUGUGCUUCUCUUAUUCGACAACUACAGAGCUACGAAUCAAAGCUGGUUAAUGAUACGGGCAACCUGGGAGAGUCAAACGGAAGCGCAUCUUACUCGGCGGGACUGACACCAACGUUUGACGUGGCAGAUAUUCAUCUGGCCAAAUCGCUGGGUCCGUACUUUCUCAUGAGUGACAGUCUUAUUCAGAAAGGUGUCUCUGAAAUCAAAGAUACAGCCACUGAGCAGGCAGCAGAGGCAGAUCUUCGACUAGCACUGGACCAACUCAAACAAGACAGAUUCCCAUAUUACCAAAGACAGUAUUUUGGUUCUGACGACGCGUAUCAGGAUUACAAGAAUCGAGCUAUAGAAGCUGUUCAGACACAGCUGGCAGGGUAUGGAGCCCAGUCGUCAACCCAGAGCACCACUUACUACUACAUUCCCGAAGAUCCGCGUGCCUACGGGCGAUUACUGGUCAAAAUCUGUCUUUCCCACGACCUCAAGUCCAAAAGUGAUACUCUACUGAGCAAAAACUCGAUCGCCAUUCUCACGGAAUGCUUUAAUCUGUGGCAAAUUCCAUCCAGUACACGAGCCGCGCUUGUUAUGGACGUUUGUCAAGAACUGCUCAAGUUGAAGGAGCUUCCCAUCUCCCUCAUCGAGGACUCGGUGUCUUUCAUUUCACACGUAGGCCGGGAGAACGGCAAACGAGAGUGGGACACGUCUCUGUGGCCGGUCUGCGACAGAGAAGUGUACGUGUUGGGGCUCAAGGAGGUGCUUGUGUUCGUCAUUGACCUCAUUUCAGGCUGCAUUAAGUCAAUCUACGAACAGAAACCACCCUCCAUUGGUCCCUAUCUGCAGAUUCUCGGCGAGUGUGUCUUUUGCUCGUCCGAAUGGGACAGGGUCGAGAUGAUAGUCGAUAUGCCCAAGGUAUUCGACAAUCUGAGUCUAGUGGUCAAGAGUGUGGCCGAGCAUAAAUACGACGAGUUCAUCGACGCCAUUCCACGUGACCAUACACUGGAUCCUCUGCAUAUCAUCGAGUUGGCGGACCGAAUCAUCUCUUCCGCUGAGAGGCUGCAGAAACGAUAUAAACGGCCGCUUUUAGAGCACGUUCCCAUUGCUCUGAUUGCAGCCAAGACACAUUUUUCGCUGUUUUCUGUUGAUUCGCAGUCCAUGUUCACCCAUCUGAUGAGCCACAUGACCGCACGACACGAGGAGCCCUCUUACGAUGAUAUGACGCUGCUGUAUAAGAAGCUGUGCGAGAUCAGAGAGCUCUAUGUCCAAGUUUUACCUGGCAAGUUCCCGUUUGAUCUCGAGGCUGCGUUUGUCAAGUACAUUAGACGGCAUGUGGAACAGUCAGCGACUCUAGCGACUUCCUGGGUUGAUCCUGCCAUUGAUGCGGAUAAGUGGGAGCCUAUGGACGAAGGAGAAGGCAUCAUGUACUCGUCUUCGGUGGCAGACAUGUUCACUUCGUUGGGAACAGCUCUGGCGAUCAUCUCAGAGCUCCACUGGGACAAUCCCGUGCAUGUGGCCCAGUUCUACACCACAUUGAUGAAUGGCGUGUCAGUGGCUGUGUGCAAGUACGCCUCGAGAGUGUUCCAACUGUUCAGCGAGGAACUGGAACUCGAGGACGACAAGAAGGUCAAGUACAAAAGCCGGCAGGAAAAGUGGAUGGCCAUGGCAAAAAACGCCAUGGCUGGUAGUGCUCCUCUCACUCCGUAUCAGUUCAAAAAGACCACAUGCAUUAAACUGAACGAUAUUGAGACGGCACAGGCAAAACUGGACGAGAUUGAGGCGCAGUUGGACUCGGAGAAGCUUGCAAAGGUUCUGGAGGGAGUCAAUACCAAUGCUGGACCCGGUAAGAUUGUUACCAAGGACACAACCAACAAGAAGCGUGCUUAUCUCUUCACUAUUCGCAUUGUCCAGGCUGAGAAUCUAAAGGCGUGCGAUAUGAACGGACUGUCGGAUCCCUACGUGACUCUUGUCGACCAGGCUACUCGAAAACAGAUUGGAAAGACACGUACAAUUUUUGAAGAGCUGAACCCCGUGUGGGACGAGACGUUUGAGAUUGCCACAGGCGGUCCUUCUUGGUUGACCGCCACAGUAUGGGACGAAGAUUCCUUAGGAUCACAUGAUCUCUGCGGCCGAGCAUUUUUACGUCUAGAUCCUGCUGCCUUUGGAGACUUUAUUGCCCAGGAUUACUGGCUGGAUCUGGACACUCAGGGAAAGCUUUUGGUGAACAUUACAAUGGAAAGUGAACGGGACGAUGUGCGGUUCUACUUUGGUAAGGCUCUGAGAACGCUAGUGCGAUGUGAAAACGAUAUGAUCAAGGUCAUGGUUGAUAAACUGACGGCUUUCAUUCAGUACUCAUUGUCCAGAGAGACUAUGAAGAGUCUCAUCAGCCCCGGGAGAGGCAAGCUCAAGGAGUUCAAUAUGGAGAGCGUCUCCAGUUGGCUGAGUAGCACGAGUAUUUCAAAUGUACCUCUUACACCUACCAUGAUUGAAGACGCCAUAACUCCGCUGUUUGACUAUCUCAACGAGUCUUUUGCGACGCUGGCAGUCGGUCUGACUGACGAAAUCCGGCUCAAGGUCAUGUCUCGAACGUGGAGAGUCGUUUUGACGACUCUGACGUCUCUUCUCUUGCCUCGUUUGUCCUACAAGCGUACCUCCAAGACCCAGCUGUCUGCCAAGGAGGUCGAUAUUGUCUUCACAUGGCUGUCUUCUCUUCGAGACUUUUUCCACCACGAUGGAGCCGGUCCCAGUCUCGAAGUGUUGCAUUCUCAGCAGUACCAGGAGCUGAUGCGGGUGCCUGUCUAUUACGACUUGUCCAAUGAGGAGCUCAAGGACGAGUGUGAGAAACUGUCUUCUUCUACGUUUAAGGCCCUGCAAGACAAGACUUACGUCGGUCUGCCCGAGCUCAUCAAGCGAAAGAACACCGUCAUGGCUCACAGAAACCGAACGGUGAUGCGCAAGCAGAAGGAGCGGAUCCGAAACGCCAAGCGAGAGGCGCCUCAGAACGAGGACAUUAUUCUGUGCAUUCUGAGAAUGAGGGGCGAGCUGGACUUUGUGGCGAGACGAAUAAAGCAGAAGGAGCGUCUUCAGCAGACGUUGGCGACUGAGAGUCUGGUAGCCAAGGGCAGAAAGUAA